GACGAUUGUUCGACUAUCUCCGGAAUCCUCCGUAUUCAUUAAAUCGUCUGCCCAUCCAGAGUGAAGUAAAGAUGGCGGCGCCCUUGACAAAGUGUAAUUGUGUUUCUGUUUGUGCAACCUACAUUACGAGAAGAAAGUUUUCAUUAAGCCAAUAUCAUUCAAAAAAGACAACUGUGCAUGUAGAGUCCUUGCCACCAGAACAUGUAGAGACGGACUGGAUUGGGCCAGCCGACAAAGUGUCCAAUAUUCGUCAGAUGAAAUUAUUCAUUCCUCCAGAUGAGUCGUCCCUAGAGCGAGACUAUCGACUGAAGCGAGAGGUCGUUCAGAAGUGGCACCAUGAGUUCUGGACGGCACAUAAUAAAAGGUUUUUCACACUUAAAGAAAAGUACAUACAGGAGAAGUUGGCUGAGAAGGGGGAGGCAGCUGAUGACAUCAACAAAGUAACACCUGAAGAGCUGUCAGUCUUUUAUAAGAAGUUUCUUGAUGAUAACUAUCCAACACAUAUUCAGUAUAACAAAGACUGGUAUAAAAAGAAUAUAAGUCUUCUGUGGCCGGCGCUCAAAGUGAACUUUUACAGAUUGUUUGCAAGGAGGAAAGAGUCAGCAAAAAACAAAAGAUAACACAUAACAUUAACUUAUUUGUUUUGCGGAUAUUUUUGGCCAUAUUUGCCCUGGUCGAGUAGUUGUAAACACUGAACUAUUGUAUAAUAGUUCUUCUCAAUCUUAAAGGGUUGAACUUUAAAAAAUUAAAUCCCUAAAAGCCAAGGUUUCUAUUGGUGAAAUCGAUAUAGCUGUCACAAUGAUUGAGUGAUGUGUGUGCAUUCUUGUGUGUGUGUGUGUUUCUGUCAAAAUUUGUUCAGAUUUUAAAUUAUUAUUUCAUCUUCAAAAGUCACAUUUGAUUAUAAUUCAGCUUUUCUGAACAGUUAUACUACACAUGCCAGAUUAUGCCAUGUAUACAAGUUAAUAUCCCCCGCCAUAGGCGGAUUGAUAUUGUUUUGGCGUUGUCCGUCCGUCCUUCCGUCUUUCUGUCCGUCCGUCCGGAGCCAUAUCUUGGAAGUGCUUUGGAGGAUUUCAUUGAAACUUCGUAUGAGUAUGUAUAUGGAUAAGAGGAUGAUGCACGCCAAAUGGCAUUGUACACCAUCAGUAAAUAACAAAGUUAUGGCCCUUUGUAUCUUGAAAAAAUGCUUUUUUUGUGUGUCCGGAGCCAUAUCUUGGAAGUGCUUUGGCGGAUUUCAUUGAAACUUGGUAUGAGUAUAUAUAUGGAUAAGAGGAUGAUGCAUGCCAAAUGGCAUUGUACACCAUCUGUUAAUAAAGGAGUUAUGGCCCUUUGUACCUUGAAAAAAAUGCUUUUUUGAGUGUCAAAUAUAAUACUUUUGUGUCCAGAAUCUUAUUGGCGGGGGAUAUCAAUUCAACAAAUUUGCUUGUUAUUAUUUGUUUAAUGAUUGAUACUUUGUUUAUAAUCUCAUUCUAUAUUUGAAAUGUCUGUUUUAUAAAAAAUGUAUGUACAAUGUUUAAAUAAACGGAUAUAAUGUU